AUGUCACGGAAGAAUGAACAAGAUGUUAAGAGACAGCUCUUUAAGGGUGUGUCGUCGAGGAAACCCGCUUCGUUCGAGUCGGCAGCGUCAAACUUACUCUCCAGGACGCUUAGAAAGCAGAGUGAUAAGUACAAAAGACCCAUGGACGAUACGCGGUUCGUGAUACACAAGUCAACCAGUCCAGAGGACUAUCUGUUGUUUAACUCCCAACAUCCCAUGCGUGAAUCGAGGCUACAGGCGUUCUCGCAGGCAGAGCAGACCUUUGAGGAGAUAUUUGACGGGUACGAUGAUUCAGGAUCGGAGGAUGAUGAGCCCGAUCUGUCUAACGUUGCCAGGAGCUCAGAGCUUAUCAAAGACGAUAUAUUGAUCUCUGUUCCGGGGUACUCACGAGAAGAGAUCACGGCUUGCAAAAGGCUCAGGAUUCAGGAUCGCAAGAAUGUGAGGUUGUCUAAGGUCCAUCCACUUGAAAGGGCGUUUGCCGAUGUGGAAUUCCUCAGAGAUAUGAACGAGAGAAAGAAGCAGGAGUAUACACUGAUAAACCAGGAGUACCUCACGUACUUCCAAGACCUCGCGGAAGAACGAGAUCACAAGAGAGCAAGAGCCCUGUGUAAAGGUGUUGAUGAGGAAGAUACCACAGCAAGACAGUUUGCUUAUCUUCGAGAGAUUGUUAUGGAUAUGGAAAACAACGACUGGAUGUACAACGACCCAGUAAUACCCAAACGAUACUAA